CUGAGAAGUCGUUGUCUCAGACUUAAUGCUGCUCUUGGAAUCGAACAUCCAAUUUUUGCUCCCACCACAGUUCAAGGGAUAUUUGAAGCAAUAGCAACGUCGGAACCGUCGCCAUAUUAUGUGCUAAUGAGCUACUUGAUGAGAGGUGCAUGGGAAGAAGCGGUGGAUUGGAUGUAUUCCUAUAGUGUGGAUAUUGAAAAGAAACAAGGAGCCAAAGUGCAGUCACUAUUCCGUUUCUUUGGUCUUGUCACAAGUGUGUGCUGUAUUCUAAAGAAUGAGCAUGAUGAGAGUCAUGGCAAGAAUCUCAUUGGGCGUAUGAUUGAAGUGAUGAGGCAGAAACAGGCCUUCAGCUUGAUUCCAUUUUACGCUGCGUUGCUGCCGAAGGAUGACGGUCUGAGACGAAUCUGGAAUGUAAUGCCAGGUGAGGAUUAG